CCACAAAGAACCAAAACAUGUGAGCAGCAGCAGCAGCAGCAGCAGCAGCAGCAGCAGUGAACAACAUGGCGAUGCCCGUUAAAGCAGCCCGUCUUUGUCUCCUGGCAGGACGAACUGUCGCCUCGCAGUCAGUCAGACACAGCCGGGCUGUCCGUCUGCCGGAGAGGAGAUGCUACACCUCCACCUCGACGAGCAGCAAUCUUCAGUUCAGGCUGGAUGAGCGGACGGCUCACAGCAGCCUGGACCUCUUCAAGAAAGACACUGCCGUCAUCUACCGCAUGCUGGGUCUGGUCCCCAGCCGCGUGCAAGACAACCCAGAGCGUUUCCAGGACUGGGCCGUCGUGUUUGGCGACGAGAAGAUCAGCAGCGGACGACACUACUGGGAGGUGACGGUGAAAAAGUCUCAAGAGUUUCGUCUGGGUGUGGCCGAGGCGCUGAUGCCCAGAGAGGACUGCGUGGGCACCAACAGCUCCUCCUGGGUGUUCGGCUACGCUAAACGCAAGUGGUUUGCCAUGCACAGCAAUAAGAUAGUUCCUGUGACGCUGGUGGGCAAGUCGGACCGCAUAGGCAUCCUGCUCGACUACGAAGCGGGCCUUCUGGCGCUGGUGGAAAUCGGAAAACCCUCAAUCAUUCACACCAUCAGGGUUCAGUUCAAGACUCCCCUCUGCCCCGCGUUUGGACUUUGGGACGGGGAGUUGCUCACACACUCUGGUCUGGAGGAGCCUGAAGGCCUGAAGUGAAGCAGGAUGAACUGUGAUGGCGAUGAUAGUGAUGGCCGCGGGCUUUUGUUUGGUACCGUGGCAACAUUUAUCACAACGGUGCAGGGAAAGAAAGUAAUAUCUUUGUAGGGAGUCAUUUACAGCUUAAUUACAGGUGUUUGUUUAUUUCCCAUGGUCCAGGUGGUUCAUAAUGACAAUGCAAGUUCAUACUUUGAGUAUGUCAUCCAGCCUCAGGCAUUCAUAUCACAGAAGCUGUUUUUGUGUGUACCUCAUGUAUUACCUCUCAGGUGUGAAAAGGAUGUGUGGUCUUUUUUGAGAGGAACAUUAACUGCCAAGUUUGUUUGUUUGUUUAUAAGCUGUGGUUUGGUAUUACCCACAUAAUCUUUUUCAGUGUCAUGCUCAUACUGUAUAUUGUUUAAUAAAAUCACUGAAACUGC